UGUAUUAACCCCUUAAUAUUUUUUUGUCUUGCUUUUUUUUUCAGAAUGGCUUUGACAAAGCUUCUGAACAACCGCCCUGACACGCCAUAUUUCCGGCCACCCCCACUGCACAUGAAAAUUUUAAAGUCCUGUGACCAGCUAAGGGUCACUAGCUGGGAUUUCAAAGAGGGAACAGCAACACCCCUGAUAACUAAGAAGAACACCAUUGCGGUGUGACAAAGAUCACAAUGUUUGAAGAAUAUGCCUCUAAAGUCCAGCAGGGGGGGUCAUACAUUAUGAGAGGCCAUGAACUCAGGGGCACAGCCCCCCCUUACAACAUCAAUGUCACAGCAAGAACACAGUUUUUUCGGGCACCCACCCUAACUGUGAGGGAAGACCUUGUCAAAGAAGCAGAGGACAUUCUGCAUCCUCCUGCUCCUCUCACCCCACUCAAGAUGAGCUCCACAAAUGGGGGACUCAUGACAGUUCAAGGGGAGGUGGUGGAGUUUUCUGCUGUAAAGAAGGUGCUGUCGGGAAAACAACACGUUCCCCUUAAAAACCUCCAGCUGAAGGAGGAUGGGUUUACCAUGGCAGUCUGCCUCUGGAGGGAGGCAGCUGUUAACAGCGUGAACGUGGGAGACCACAUCAGUCUCUCUCACGUUAAGCAGAAACAGUCCUCAUAUGGAAUACAGCUUCACAGUACAGCAUUUACACAGAUUGAGAGAAAUGUCGAGGACAGUGCUGACAUCAUCAUCAUUGGUGUGGCCACGGCAGAAAUGCCAAACCAGCUGGAGGUGUUGCUGGAGGAUGGAAAGAGCCUGUACAUUCAAAGUGAGCUGUGGAGUCCCUUCGAUAAAGAACUGGAGGAGGCAGUAAUCAAAGUUACUGUUAAAAUAAACGGAAAGCAAAUUGUACAUAUUCAAAAAUAUCAGUGCGAAUAAUUUAAAGAAA